GUUAUAUGAUAUCGCUAGUUUAUGGAUAUUGGACAUUUAGUGUCUUUGGUUAUUUUAUUGUCAUUUAUUUUCGAAAAUGCUUCGCAAGUAGACGGAUAUGCAACACUAUUCUUAAAGUUUGUUAACAUUACAGUGAGUUCGUCAAGUGGACAUUGCAACUCUUUCUCAAGACCAGAUUACUGUGAUUUGUACUUUAAAAUUUGCAUAGGUGAUCAAAAUUCGAGGGGGUGCAACAUCUUAGAUAUGAGAACACCGAAAUCUUCUUUAAUGAACCAGAAUUCUAUAUCUUUUGGUGACUUAAUGGACUAUAUACCAAACCCACUGUCCAGAAUAAUAGACAAACUUCCGUCUAAAUUGUACUUGAAGAUCGAAGUUUGGGAUGCAGAUUAUUCUUUUUCUGAUUUAGAUGACCAUUUGACAACAUUUGAGGAUAAUGCAUACAUGUACACUGUGUAUCCAUUUGAAACUGGUGGUUCAUCACUCCUUUCUUCUUACCGUUAUCAUAAAAUAUCUCGAAAUAUAACGCAAGAUUACAUAAAUAUGUAUGUAGCAGUUUGGGCUGUUUGUAAUCGUGGCAGCUAUGGAAGUGACUGUAGCGUCAACUGCGUCCCACAAAAAAGGGUACGGCACUAUGGUUGUGAUAUUUCAACAGGUGCAAAGGUGUGUAUUCCUGGGUGGUUUGGUGAUGAAUGUAACAAAGUUGAUCACUGUGGUAUAUUAACACCAUGUGGCCCCAUGGGAACGUGUACUAAUACUCAUGUUGGAUACACUUGCUCCUGUAAACAUAAUUUUACAGGACCACAUUGUUCAGAACCCCCGAAUCAAUGCAGUCCAUUACAAGAUUUUUGUCAAAAUGGAUUUUGCUUACUAAAGUAUCUUGACGAAGGAAACAGGAGUUUAUCCAAUCCAAUUCCAUACUGUGCUUGUAUACCUGGGUUUACAGGCAAAUGGUGUGAAUUGGAUAUAGAUGAGUGUUCAAUGAAACCGAAUAAUAAUGGUAGCAACAAAAGUAUUAAUAUCAACCACCAUAUAACAUCAUCUUGUAAUGUAAAUUCAAUGUGCGAAAAUCUCUAUGGAAAUUUUCGUUGUUUUUGUCAAAAUCAGUGGACUGGUCUACGUUGUAACACACCUCCAACUUUAUGGCCUGAUCAUUAUAAACCCAUGGUUAAUUCAAAUGGUUUACCUGACUUUAUAAAUUUUAAAAGAGUAAAUUUAUCAACCGUCUCAUUAGAAAACAACAAUGAUGACGUAAUAGUAAUAGAAAAAGCAAAUAACAGUUGGAUAUAUGUGCUUAUCAGCGUAUUUAUUGUUCUGUGCCUUAUUUCAUGUGGAAUAUUAUAUUAUAUGUGUUGGAGACAAAAACGUUUAUGUGGUUUCUAUAGAAUGGGUUGGAAUCGUGAACCUAUAAUUUCCAAAGUACUAUUUACUACAAAACCAACCUCUUCAAAUUUAAGUAAAGAAUCAACUAUUCUAUGUAAUCAAACUCCACCAACACCACAAAGAUCUAUCACUAAACUAACAUUUAUACCCAGAUACAAUAUCCCAAUACAAUCUGAAAAAUAUCAAUCAACAAUUUAUGAUGAAAUACCUGAUUGUUUUUUACAAGAAAAAACACAAUUAACUACUAAUAUCCCAAUAAGUAAAUCUCAAUUAUCUAUAUAUGAACCAUAUAGUCAAUUAGAAUAUGAUACAUUAGAUAUGACAAUAGAAACAAAAUAUACAAAUCAUCAUGAAAUAAUCAAUAAUAAUGAUUAUAUUGAUAAUCAAAUUCAUAAAAUUACUUAUCAAAAUUCAAAAAAUUUAAAACAAGAACAAGAAUUAAUUAUAACAAAUUGUAUGUAUCUUGAACCAAAACAACAUCCUUUUUAAUAUGAAUGAAUGAAAUGGGUAUUAAUUGUUGUAUAACUUUGUUCCCAAUUUUUUAUCUGUCAUAAUAUGAAAUGUAUGUUAUGGUUGAUAAGGGAUAUUUUGAACGAAUUAAUUUCAUAAUGAUUAUUUUAUUUUACUUUUAUAUAUGAAUAUUUUUAUCAUCGUUUUUUUUUGUUUUGUGUAUCAUUGAUUUGUAUCCCUUUUAAAUGGAUCAUUCUUUAGAUCGACUCAUUCAAUUUAUUUUAUAUAUUAAAAAUACAAUUAUUGUUAUAUUCGGUUGUCGUUAUUGUUGUGCCGCAAAAAAAAAACGCUGAUCAUUUAUAUUCGGAACGAGGGAACUUGGCAAUUCCCACGAUGCGCAAAUAAGAACAUAAAGACUGGUAUAAGUGAAGAUUUAUUAGCCCCCAAACACUACGACGACGACGACGACGAAUCGAGUAUAGUCUAAAAUAUACUGGUUUAUAUAUUGAUUGUACACCCAUUUUGAUUAAUGAUUAGGAUUAAAUCACAUAAUCAGUUAUAACAAAUCGCAGACUGUGAGCAUAUUUCGUUUCAAGUGAAUACAAGAAUAUCGUAUAUUAUACAGAAGAAAAUAUCAUACGGGGAAAACAAUCAAAUACUACACUGAAUGAUCUUCACGUUGAAUCAAAACGGAUGUCAAUGUUGAAUAAAAUUCAUAAGGAGUAAUUCAAUAGAAAAUUGACUUUUCUUUCCAUCAUAUCAAUUAUAACCAUUUUUUUAUUUUUAUGUCAUAAUGAAAUUUAAAUUUGUUCACUUCAAAUUCGAAGUUAGAACAAUUACCCUGCUUAUAUAAAUGUACUCUUUAUUGUCAGGGUUUAUCACUAUUGA